AUGGAUGUUAUGCUUGCAGAGCAACAGUUAGCCCUUCCUGUUUAUAGAGGGGGCUGUUUCGGUGAAAAAGUUGAAAUGAGGAAAAUCCCUGUACCAGCAAACCGAUAUACCCCUUUGAAAGAGAAUUGGAUGAAAAUAUUCACACCUGUUGUGGAACAUUUGCAACUUCAAAUCCGAUUUAAUUUAAAAACAAGAAAUGUGGAAAUCAAGACUUGUAAAGAGACAAAGGAUCUGAGCGCUUUGACAAAAGCAGCUGACUUUGUGAAAGCAUUUAUUCUUGGAUUUCAAGUUGAGGAUGCACUUGCUCUUAUCAGAUUAGAUGACCUUUUUCUAGAAUCCUUUGAAGUUACGGAUGUCAAGCCUUUGAAAGGAGACCACCUUUCAAGAGCAAUAGGAAGAAUAGCAGGGAAAGGAGGAAAAACAAAAUUCACAAUAGAAAAUGUAACCAGGACACGAAUAGUUCUUGCUGACUCGAAAGUUCACAUUUUAGGAUCUUUUCAGAAUAUUAAGAUGGCACGAACAGCAAUUUGCAAUCUCAUUUUAGGAAGCCCUCCAUCAAAAGUUUAUGGCAAUAUCAGGGCUGUGGCUAGCAGAGCAGCUGAAAGAUUCUGAGAUCUUGGGACUCAAACUUGGGACUCUAAUUUGGGACUGUGUACCAAUGUAAAGAAGCUGAAGAUGUUAAUACACAACUGAUGUGUAUGAAAUUAACAGGAACAGUGCCUAACCUCCUUCAAUUUGAUUUGGAAGAUUAGAAGAAAACAGGACUCCUUUUGCAGUCUGUUCUUUCAGGCAUAAUGUCUGACCUUUUGAUGCAAUAUUUAAGUAAUUUAACAAAACCCUGUAUGUGAUCAUUACAGAUUAUACUCCUUAUAAUUUAUAAAUAUGACUGAACUUUUCACUGAAAUAAGAAUACUUAUGAGCUGGAAAUGUCUUUGGUUUCUGAAGGAAACAAUGAAGUGCUGGAAACUCAGGGUUCUUCAGAGUUCUUCAGUUGAUUGUAAAGGUGCAUGCUUGAGUCUUCCAAUAAAGUCAGUGUUGAUAUGUAAAAUGAAAUUCUUGAGACAUGGAGAAGCAGGAGCCUGCAUGUCUUAGCUUCAGACCAAAUCUUUUUGUGUUACUGUAUUGCAUGACCUCAGAAGUCUGUGAAACCCUGAAUGGAAGAUAAAAAAAAAAUACAUGCUUAUACUUCACACAAGCUGCAGUGACUCCAAACUGUCUCAUUUUCCUGAUUCCAUUUUGGAACAGGGAAAUUAGUUUCUUACUUGGAUACAACCUGUUGAAUAACAACAUCCAAUUUUAGUUUUUUUGCUCUCAACUUUUUUUUACACUUGUUUUCACAGAUGGCUGUGGGGUUAUUGCUUCUUGUUUGAUGAUAAAGAUACAGGUGCCAGAGCAAGCAAAAGUAAACAACUUGUGGCAUGUGUGCUGUAAGUGGCACAGGCAGAGGAAGGGAGUGGAAUGGCAUGUGUGGGCUUGGGGCUAAUUUGUGGCGCACCUGCCAGAGAAAUUGGUUCCCACUGGCUUAAAGAAUGGUAAGUUCCAAGGCCAGGAGGUGCAGUUCCAAGAAUUUUGAGGGUAGGUAGGUAUGUG